AAGAGAAAAUGGGCUGAAAGAAGUUACAACAGUUGACCUCCGAAAGUUUAGGGUUUCGAUGGCCCCCGGAAACGACGGGGCUCCGGCUGAGGAGGGAACCAGUCAAUGCGGUGUCGCCGGUUCGUCUCCGAAGCCCGAUGAGCCGAACCCUUGCUGCCCAACAGUGCCGGCCGAGAGCGACCCUUGCGAAGGCAGUUCCGGCGCCGCCGUGGGUUUCCGGACUUACAAGCGGCGCAAGCUACUGGAGAAGUCGAGUUCCGCCACCAGGAGCGGGCAGGAGGGGACGCCGAACACCGACGGGACGGUUCAGCUGGAAACUCAGACUUCUAAGGAACUGCAAGAUAGAGCUUCAGAAGGCACUGUAUUUGAAGAAGUUCAUGCCUCCACAUUAGCUUCUCACGGAGCUGCUGAUGAUCUUAGCGAUUCUACACACGGGCAAUGGUGCAAAGUUGUGUUGGAGCAGAUAAACCAUUCAUUGAGUGAGGGCGGGGGUCUAGCAGGAUGCAUUAAGAAAGCAAUCCAACAUUCGCUUGACAUUAAUAGUACAAAAAUUAAGGAACCUGUAUUCAUGUCUGAUGGAAGGCCUGGACAUGCUGCUCAGGCAGGGUGGAUGUGUAAUGGUUUUGCAGCUAAGGGUGCUGGAUGUACAUUGAACGGCUCCUCCGAUGAAUUCAAUCAAGACUCAAUGAAUGAGACGUGUCUACGCGCUUUCUACAAUGUUAUAAUAUCUGGAAAGUUUAAUCUGUUGUGUAAGCUUCUGUCUGAAAAUUUUCAAGGAAGCAAGAUUGAUCGUUUAUUGGACUUCGGACUCAUUGACUCAAGGAUGAAGGAAGGGAUUUAUAAACACUCACCUGCACGUUUCUCUUCAGACUUUGAGCAGGUUUGGCGAAAGCUUGAAGGGAUUGGUAUUCAGUUGCUUUCUCUUGCAAAGGGUCUUGCAGACCUAUCUAGAAUUCCUUGUCAUGAACAUGUGAGACAAGUUAUGGUACAUGCCCAAGAUCCUCAGCGUGAUACCAAAUUGGAACAAGCAGGGGAUUGGAGUGUGUUCAAGGACUGCACUUGUAGACGUUGUGGUGAGAGAGCACAUGGGAGGGAAUGCUUAAUAUGCGACUCAUGUGAAGACAUGUACCAUGUUUCUUGUAUUGAGCCUGCAGUAGAAGAGAUUCCCCCACGGAACUGGUAUUGCACCCAAUGCAUUUCAUAUGGAAAAAGACCGACUCACGAGAACUGUGUUGUGUGCGAGAGGUUAUGCAGUUUGAAAACUGACUUCACUAGUGUCGGCGAGAAAAUAGCUUUGAGUAACAGGGAGAAGGAUUUGGCAUGUAGCAAUGAUGAUGAUAGUAGCAAGCCAUUGCAGAAUUCUUUGGGUCUCUGCAACACAUGUGGGAGUGACAUGUUUGAAGAUGAAAUUAUCAGAGAAUGUGGUCACUCUCUUUGUCCUCAUGGGAAUUACCAUGAGAGAUGCUUGACUGCAAAGCAAUUGAAGUCUUAUGCCUCCUACUGGUACUGCCCUUCUUGCCUCUGCCAAGCGUGUCUCUCAGAUCAGGAUGACGAUAAGAUCGUCUUGUGUGAUGCGUGUGAUCAGGCAUAUCACAUCUACUGCGUGAAACCCCCCCUAAGUAAGAUUCCGGUGGGGAAGUGGUUUUGCAGCAAAUGUGAGGCUGGGAUCCAAGCAAUUCUCCGGGUUAAGAGGGCCUGCGAGGGUGUAAAAGUAAAGGGUAAACGCGGGAGGAAGAAAAUCAAAGACAGAGUGGUACAUCGAGGCAAGGGAAAGAGAAUAAAGGAAGAAGCUGGUGAGGGAUCAAGCAAAGGAGGAGGAAUGGACAUGCUCCUUAAUGCAGCAAAGACUCUGAACUUCGAAGAGAACCUUGCUGCUGUCAGGAUAAAGGGUUGAGAUGGACUGAAAGAAAACAACUGCAAAGGUAAUACCAACCUUGUACUAUUGAUUUUGUAAUCUUUGGUGUGCUUGACGAUAACCAGCUUCUGCUGAGAGUGUUUGGGGGAAGAACCAGAUGCGAUAGGUUAGUAAACUGUUUAGGUUUUUGGCUGACUUGUAGCUGCUUGGGGAAAAAUGUAGAUUGGUUUGACGAAGGGGAACUGACAUCCAUUCAUUACCUUAGAAUUGUAUGUGGUGGAUAGGCUCGAUAGCGAGCUAACUUUGUAUUCAAUUGUAUGACUGGAAGCUAAUGUGGUAACGGACCAGCAUACAUUCUUUGGUUCAAAUCAAUUCAAAUGAUCAGUCUUUCAUGUGAACAUCUUGUGGACGUCUAGCCAUCUUUCAUGUAAAUUGACUUGAGCAACUGCAGACCGUUGGUGAGUCUA